AUGGGUGCAUGUCUAUCGUCUGCCGGCGCGCCCGAGCAGCGCGACCGCACGCACAGUGCACGAAUCGACAAGCACUUGGAGGAUAAUACGCGGAAUGCAAAGAACGAGUACAAGAUUUUGCUGCUUGGCUCUGGCGAGUCUGGUAAAUCGACGAUUGUAAAGCAGAUGAAGAUCAUCCACCAGAAUGGGUAUACGCCCGAGGAGCUGUUUGUGUACCGACUCACGGUGAUCAAGAAUUUGAUAGACUCUGCACAGACCAUUGUGCUUGCGAUGCGGCAGUUCAAGAUGGAGCCCGAGCACUUGGAAAACAGGGACAAUGUGUAUGCAAUCAUGCAGUGCCAGGUGGAAGCGGAUGCGAACGCGGCGCUUACUCCCGCGAUGGGAAAGAUCAUUGCAGCGCUGUGGAAAGACCCCGUCAUCUCGAAACUCAUACAGCGGAGCAAUGAAUUCUACAUUAUGGACAAUGCGAGCUAUUUCUUUGAGAGCGCGAUGCGCAUUGCGAGGCCCGACUACGUGCCGAGCGAGCAGGAUGUGCUGAAUGCGCGCUCCAAGACAGUCGGUGUCUUGGAGACGCGCUUCCGCAUGGGCGAGCUCUCGAUCAAUCUGGUCGAUGUCGGGGGGCAGCGCUCCGAGCGCAACAAGUGGAUCCACUGCUUCGAGGCGGUCACCACGAUCCUCUUCUGUGUCGCGUUGAGCGAGUACGACCAGGCGCUUUUGGAGGAUAGCAAGCAGAACCGCAUGGCGGAGAGUCUUGUCUUGUUUGAGAGCAUUAUCAACAGCCGCUGGUUCCAGCAAACCUCGGUGGUGCUCAUGCUCAACAAGAUCGACAUAUUUCGGCAGAAACUGCCGCUGCGCCCGUUGGUGGACUACUUUCCCGAGUAUACCGGCGGCGACGAUGUCGGCAAAGCCGCCAAGUACAUCCUCUGGCGCUUCACCUCCGUCAACCACGCCAAACUCAACAUUUACCCGCACCUGACGCAGGCGACGGACACGGCGAAUAUCCGGCUUGUGUUUGCAGCAGUGAAGGAGACGCUGCUGCAAAACUCACUGCGCGAGACUGGCAUUCUGUAA